AGCAUUCCAGAUUACAUUUUCCACCGACGACGGAAUCCCACACAUUUGUUUAAUUAAUCUGAAGAUUUAUGAGUCUUUGACUCGAAGUUGACCACACCGCCCUAACUCUGUUUUAUCCUUCGCAGCUGCCAUUUCUGCAAUGUUGAGAAGAAGCUCGUCCUCCUCGCAUGGCCUCUUCACUAUUUUGAUCCCUACGCUGCUCCUUCUCAGCUCAGAUUUGCUUUUUUCACUGUCGUUCGCUGAGCCGCUCACUGAAUCAGAUCCCCUCCUCAACGCUAACGCCACCGAGUCCAAUGUCUCCCUCUCCAAGCCAAAAGAAGGCAGCUUCGCUGACAUGAUCGAUAAAGCUCUCGAGAACGAGUUCAAAGAAAAUGAUCAGAACGAAGCUACUGAUCCUGGAAGCUUUAACAACAGCGUAGCCGGCCAGCAGGCAGUUCUGGAGACAGUUGCUAGAGUUAAGUCGAAGAAAAAUGAGACAAAAGAGGAAAACUUAAAUAGGUCGUUUCAACUGCACGAUGUUUUUAAUCUGGAUAAUGAUAAUAGAGGAGAAGAUACACCAACACUAAUAGAUCGAAAGGACAAUGUCUUCAUAAUAUCAAAUUUCAAAUCAAAAUAUCCAGUGCUGCAACUAGACUUAAGAUUAAUAUCAGAUCUGGUGGUCGUUAUUGUAUCUGCAACCUGUGGUGGCAUUGCCUUUGCUUGUGCUGGACAACCGGUUAUUAGUGGAUAUUUGCUAGCUGGAUCUGUUAUUGGGCCUGGAGGGUUCAACUUCGUCAGUGAAAUGGUUCAAGUUGAAACUGUGGCUCAGUUUGGGGUAAUUUUUCUUCUUUUUGCUUUGGGCUUGGAGUUCUCCACAACAAAGGUAGACUCCUCUCUCUCUCUCUCUCUCUCUCUCUCUCUCUCU